AUAAAAACAAAGGCACGAUUAGGGUUUUGUUCAUCUCUUCAACGAUACAUAGAUAGUUUGAGACAGAAAUUGGAGGAAUGGAGUUCCAGUUCUCGAUUUUCAUUGCUCUUCAACACAGUCGCACAAAGACAAAAGAAGAUUUAUGACGAUUUAUGACGUCAAAUUAAUUGAUGAACAAUGGCUUCAAUUUCAAACCACGAGGGAUCUUCAAAGCAAGUGAAAAAUUAUUUCAGCAAGGGAGAUAGGAUCAGCAACUUGCCAGACUCCCUUAUUGUUCACAUUCUCUCUUUCCUUCCUACAAAAUACGCUGUUCAAACCAGCAUACUCUCAUCAAGAUGGAAGCAUAUUUGGGCUUCUGUUCCUGCCCUAGACUUUGAUGUGAACUUGAGAUUUUUUCCUGUUGAAAUAUCUAAUUCAAGUAAGAGUUAUUCCAACUUCAUGAGCUUUGUUGACCGAGUACUUUUCAAUCAUGAAUUGUCCUGCAUUCAGAAGUUCCGUUUAUCCUGUGUUGGGUACAAACGCAUUGAUUUAUCAAGAAUAUAUACAUGGAUAAGUAUAGCCAUCAAACGUGGUGUUGAAGAACUUGAUAUACAGAUUGAAUCACCCCAGGAACAUUUAGACUUACCUUUAAGCCUCUUCACUUGCCCAACACUGGUGGUCUUGAAACUAGGAAAAGAAGUUAGAUUCAAUGUUCCUUGCUCAGCCCAUUUCAGAAGUCUCAAAAUCCUCCAUCUUUCAAUUGAAUAUCUAUGCGAUGACUUGGCUCAAAAUCACUCGGCGCAAAAUCUCUUUCGUAACUGCCCUGUUCUUGAAGAUCUGUUCAUGGAAGGAAUUGUUCCGAAUAAUAAUGAAGAACUAGUUUUUGACAUCUCCACCCCCACUAUGAAGAGAUUAGGAUUAAAAUUUACUGCAGAAGAUUUUUUGGAAAAUGGUGGCACCAAAAUUGUGGUCAAUGCACCAACACUCGAGUAUCUAACUCUCCAAGAUGAUUGCUUGCCUUGCUUUGUGCUAAGCAACCUAACCUCGUUGGUUAAAGCAGAUUUUAUUGAUGUUGGGUACUACUGGAUGAAAAGUAUGCAAACCAGAAAACAUGCUGAUCGUGUACUUGUGAAUCUCAGAGAAAUUUUGCGUGUCAAAUAUCUAUCUCUUGGCGCUAGUACCAUGCGGGUUCUUGACCAUGCUGAUGGUGGCAAACCGCUCUUGUUCCCUAAUUUGAUUCGUUUGGAGCUGUUUCUUUACGAUCGCUAUGACUUGGGACGUGUACUAGACUUGCUCAAAGGCAUGCCUAAACUAGUACAUCUUGUCUUGGAUAAAUUUAAGAGGCUUCCACGUAAGGAUUUCAAAUUUGUUGAACCAGAAGUGGUGCCUUGUUGUCUGUCCAUGCAUCUUCAAAAAAUUGAAUUUAGUGGAUUUGCUGGGCUGGGAGAUGAGCUGGAGCUGAUGGCGUAUUUUCUGAGAAAUGCCAAAGUAUUGCGAAAGAUGAAAAUUCAUUCCUGGAAUUCACAAUAUAAGCAAGAGAGGGUGUUUCUGCAGGAACUGGCAAAGUUUCCGAGGGGUUCUACCUGUCAAAUUUUAUUUUGUUAGAAAGUUUUCUGGUGUGUUGUUUUUGCUACAAUUAAUCCUAACGAGGAGGUGGUGAUUAUUAUUAUUAUUAUUAUUAUUAAACCUAUUUUCAAUUCAUUUAUAUUGAAAGAUGGAAAUAUAAAAUUUGGAGUAUUUUUGUCUUAACAA